CAGUUGGAGUUGACACUUCCAACCUCCCAAAGUCUCAACGUUGGACGGAACUGUUUCUCAUAAACCAAAUUCAGGUCUUUCUCCGAUUCCCUUCAUAGCAAUUUUGAAUUUAUAUUUACUUUUUUUUUUCUUCACAUUAGAAUUAGAAAUUUAUAAUCUAUACAUAAAUAUAAACAUAUGCAUAACCCUAAUAGUAGUUUCCAGCCAGUGAGUGAGUGAGUGAGUGAUUAUUUAUAUUAUUAAUUUGAAAUUAAGAUGGAAAAUGAAGUGAUGGAAUUCGAUAUCGGAUUAGGAGGUGUAGUGGUAGUAGAAAUUGGAGAUCAUCAUAAUGAUAAUGGUGUAGGAAUUAUAGAUGAGGAAGUGAUGUCCGACGAUUCUCCGACAGUCGGAAGUAGUGGCGGUGGCGGUUUCUUUAUGGAUUUGGAUACUUCGAUUCAACCGGGGGUUCGGGAUUUGGAUCUCGAGCCUUGUGAGGGUAUGGAGUUUGAGUCUGAAGAGGCUGCAAAGGGUUUUUAUAAUUCUUAUUCUAGGCGUGUUGGGUUUAGUACUCGUGUUAGUUCCUCACGUAGGUCUAGGAAGGACGGUGCGAUUAUACAGCGGUCGUUUGUUUGUGCUAAAGAAGGGUUUCGUAAUUUGAAUGAGAAACGUACUAAAGGUAGGGAGAUCAAACGUCCACGAACUGUUACUCGUGUAGGUUGUAAAGCGUCAAUGUCGAUCAAGAUUCAGGAUUCAGGAAAAUGGGUGGUGUCCAUGUUUGUUAAACAGCAUAACCAUGAGUUGGUUCCGCCUGAUCAAGUUCAUUGUCUGAGGUCCCACCGCCAGAUUGCUGGUCCUGCUAAGACCUUGAUUGAUACUUUGCAGGCUGCUGGGAUGGGACCCCGUAGGAUAAUGUCGGCUUUGAUUAAAGAGUAUGGUGGUAUUAGUAACGUUGGAUUCACUGAGGUCGAUUGUAGAAAUUACAUGAGGAAUAACCGUCAAAGGAGUUUAGAAGGAGACAUACAACCUUUCAUUGAUUAUCUGAGGCAAAUGCAAGCGGACAAUCCGUCGUUCUUUUAUGCUGUCCAGGGUGAUGAAGAACAGUGCACGGGUAAUGUUUUCUGGGCCGAUGCCAAGGCAAGGACCAAUUACACUUACUUUGGGGAUACUGUGACAUUUGACACGACCUACAGAUCAAACAGAUACCGUUUGCCCUUUGCACCUUUCACUGGGAUCAAUCAUCAUGGCCAGCCCGUGUUGUUUGGCUGUGCUUUUCUUACCAAUGAAUCCGAAUCCUCGUUCGUAUGGCUAUUCCAAACUUGGGUUUCAGCAAUGUCUGGCCGUCUCCCAGUGUCAAUCACUACAGAUCAUGACACAGUCAUACGUUCAGCCAUUAUGCAAGUUUUUCCUGACACUCGCCAUCGCUUCUGCAAGUGGCACAUCUUCAACAAGUGCCAGGAAAAGCUAUCCCAUGUGUUUCUUAAAUAUCCAAGUUUUGAAGCAGACUUCCAUAAAUGUGUGAAUCUACCUGAAUCUGUUGAUGAAUUUGAAGCUUGUUGGUUGUCACUCGUUGAUAAGUAUAAUCUUGUGGAUCAUGAGUGGCUUCAAGCAAUAUAUUCCUCACGUGGACAAUGGGUACCUGUGUAUUUGCGGGAUACGUUCUUUGCCGAAAUGUCUAUAACACAACGUAGUGAUAGCAUGAACUCUUAUUUUGAUGGAUAUGUAAAUGCAUCUACUACACUAAAUCAGUUUGUUAAAUUGUAUGAGAAAGCAUUGGAGAGCCGUAAUGAGAAAGAAGUGAAAGCGGAUUAUGAAACUAUGAACACACUCCCUCUUUUACGGACUCCUUCUCCGAUGGAGAAACAAGCAUCCGAACUCUAUACCAGAAAGAUAUUCAUGAGAUUUCAAGAGGAGUUGGUUGGGACACUUACUCUUAUGGCAUCAAAAUUGGAGGACGAUGGAGUGGUGACAACAUAUCAAGUGGCAAAAUUUGGAGAGGAUAACAAAUCGUACCGUGUUAACUUUAAUGUUCUAGAGAUGAGAGCUACUUGUAGCUGCUGUAUGUUUGAAUUUUCAGGUCUUCUAUGUAGACAUGCAUUGGCAGUAUUUAGAGUGACAAAUAUUCUUACUCUUCCAUCCAGCUACAUUCUAAAGCGAUGGACAAUAAAUGCCAAAAGCAGUGUUAUACUUGAAGAACCAGUUAAUGAUGCAUUUUCUGGUUAUCUGGAGUCGCAAAUUGUCAGAUAUAAUACCCUUAGACAUGAAGCUUUUAGAUUUGUAAAACAAGGGGCUGAGUCUGUUGAUACAUACAAUGUGGCCAUGAUUGCUUUGGAAGAGGCUGCAAGGAGAGUUUCCAUAGCAGCAAAAAACGAAUCAAGACCUAUUAUGAUUAAUGGGCAUAGCAGAGAAGAUUUAAGAAGCAAUGGAACACCAACAAAAAGGAAUUCCGAAAAUCACCAUGAAGAUUCAGACGAGAAUUUGUCAGAGGAUGAGAUGGACAGGAAGAUCCAGGAACUUAAUAAAGAGCUCGAUUCUGCUAGGCGCAAGUGUGAAGUUUACAGGAGCAAUCUGCUUUCAAUUUUUAAAGACAUUGAGGACCAUAAACAGCAGUUAUCACUUAAAGUCCAGAUAAUAAGGUAUAGUGUGAAAGAUUGCUUGUAAAGGUUGUGAACAUGUUGUGAUUUAAUUUAUAGUGGGCUAUUCAAAUGAUUCUUGGAUGCCCAACAUAUAUGUAUAGUUUCAUUCCUCCCGUGGACGCUCCUUUCUAAUCCUUGUGACAUAUGAAAGUUAGCGAAA